AUGUUCAAGCUACUGUCAUCCUGCUGGCCUCGAGUAAAUACUGAAGAGACACGAAGGAAUGUGACCAUCAUCAUCAUUGGUCUGGAGAAUUCAGGCAAAACUGUUUUUAUGGAGACCUUCCACAGAGUACUUCCUAGCAAGAUAGAGAGUUGUAUGAAAUAUAAACUAACUACAGUCCUGCUAGAUGAAUAUGAAGUUUCCAUCUAUGACCUGAAUGGAGAUAUGAAGGGCCGAGAAAUCUGGCCCAACUACUACGCACAGGCACAUGGGCUUGUUUUUGUCCUGGAUUCCAGCGACUUAGGACGCAUGCAGGAAGUGAAGAUCACCUUAACACAUCUGCUGUCUGAUGCAAGAGUGGCAGGAAAACCCAUCCUACUACUGGCAAACAAACAAGACAAGAAGAACGCUCUCUUACCUUGUGAUAUUAUUAAAUAUCUAUUCCUGGAAAGAAUAGUGAACAACAAGUCCAUGUGCCGAUUGGAACCCUGUUCAGCUAUUCAAAACCUCCAAAGAAGGGACCAUCAGCCCGUAAUUGAAGGGCUGCGCUGGCUGUUAGCUGCCAUUCAGAAUAAACAGGAAGAGCUGUGUGCUCUCCAGCAGUCACUCACCUGGAGCAUCCCAACCUCCAAGAAUACUACAGGCUUUGAGGAAAGAUGUGCACCAGACAGCUUCCCUAUCAACAUAGAAAUGUCAGAAGAAAAAGAACAGCCCCUAGGACAACAUUCAAUGGAAGCUAGGCCCCUAAAGCCAAUCCUACAGAAAGAAGGCUUAAGAUUAAGACCUAAAAAGAAUGUAUCAGUGACAUUUGCUUUAGAUGAAUCCAUGGAGGAAGAUGAAUGUUCUGGGAACAGUGAAGCUCAGAUCAUUACUGAGCCUCAUUACAACCACAGUGCUGACUUUCAGCCCCCAGCAACUUAUACUGAUGAUGAUGAUGAUGAUGAUGAUGAGUACUACAUUGAUGAUGAUAAUCUUUUUGAAGAACCCAGCGCAAAAAAGAGAAUGGCUACCUGGCAUGAAGAGGAGAUGAUGCUGGAAGAUGCCUAUGAAGACAUCUUUGAAACUUGUGGUUAG